UGUCAACCCCCUGGCCCCACUUAACACACACUCCAACCCUCCCUGUCUCCUCCUAUCCUUGUAGACUCAUUUAAGUCCUUGAUCAAUAUCGUCCCCUCCUGUUUAUGCCCAUGGUGACCGACCAUGUCCUCACAACCCAUUUGGCAUUUUGUAGUCAUCAGGGGGUAUGGAUUAUGUUAUUCAUGUGUCCUGUUCACUUUGAGGCUCUUUCUGAGACAGCAGGCCAUACGUUGUGGACUGGAGGGCCCCCGUGAAACAUGGCCCAGAGAGGGAGAGAGAGAGAGAGUGUCUGGGUCACAUGUCCCUGUGUGUCACAGUGAGAGCCACCCUCUCAAUCCCCACCCCUGGACAUGCUGACUUGGUAUUAGCAGUAUUAUGGAAAUGGAGCAAUUCGUGCACGGUGUCACUUUUUUUUUGACAACUUCCCUCUCAGCUGUGCAUAAUCGGAGUAGUUGGAGAUAAGAGGAAGUGUCCAUUUCCUUUUUAGCUGUGGACAUCUGUACGCAGGCUGGACUGUGUGUCAUUGAGAGCAACAACAGGUGUGGAUAUCGGGCUGCAGUGUAAAACCUAGACCUUGGAAAGUCAUCAAAUGAUUAAAGAGCACUGAAAUGGGUACCCUGCAUCUCACGUCAGCCAAUGUGCCAGAUAUUUAGAGGGGCAGUCCCAGCUGUACCGGUGACCAUCUGAAUGCUGUUAAACUACCUCUUUGCCCUGGUGGAGUGGUUUCUAAUCCAGGUCGGGACUGAAAUCCCAUGACUCCCAGGCCUGACUAAGGCAACAGGCACCAUGGAGGUCGCGCUGGUAGACUUCGAGAAUGUAGACGAUGUCGACUGCAGCAUGGGGGACCUGGACGGUCCGAACUACCCAAACGAGACGACGGCUCUCGCGGUGGACAUGCCAGAGUGCAGCGCCAGCAGCAACCACCUGUGCUCCCAGCGGUCUUCACCCCCGCGGAAGCCCAGUCUGCACGGACCGACCCUGGGGCUGCCUCACUCGCCCACCUUGCCACUCUGUGCCUCGAGGGGACGAGCCAGCUGUGCCAGUCUCAUAUCUAACUGGAAGCUGCUGCUGAACAGCGAGGGGAACCAAAGUGAAACCAUCUUCAGCAAGCUGGCAAAGGAAUGCUGUGAGGAUCUAUUCGUUGACAAGCGGGGCUUGGAUGACGGUGGACAGAAGGUGAUCAUCAACAUCGCUGGCUUGCGGUUUGAGACGCAACUCAAGACUUUAGACCAGUUCCCUGACACCCUCCUCGGGGACGCCAUGAAAAGAAUGAACUACUUUGACCCUAUGAGAAAUGAAUACUUCUUUGAUCGCAACCGACCAAGCUUCGACGGUAUUUUGUACUACUAUCAGUCUGGAGGCAAGGUGCGUAGACCUGCAAAUGUACCCUUAGAUGUUUUUGCAGAUGAGAUGAUUUUCUAUGAGUUAGGGAAUGAGGCAAUGGAACAGUUCAGAGAGGAUGAGGGCUUCAUCAAAGAGGCAGAGGUGCCUUUGCCAACCAAUGAGUUCCACAGACAAUUCUGGCUGCUCUUUGAGUACCCCGAGAGUUCCAACGCAGCACGAGGAGUUGCUUUAGUCUCCAUCUUUGUCAUCACCAUCUCCAUUGUCAUUUUCUGCAUGGAAACCUUACCGGAGUUCCGAGAUGACCAUGAAGUCCUGCCCACUGCUGGUUAUCCCUUAAACCAAUCCCGAGGCAACUUCCCAUCUUUGUUCCCUCCAAGUGCCACGCCCAAAACAAUCACCGCCACCCUCUCAGACCCGUUCUUUAUAGUCGAGACUGCCUGCGUCAUCUGGUUCUUCUUUGAGCUGUUUGUGCGAUUCAUUGUGUGCCCCAGCAAAAAGGAAUUCUUCAACAAUAUCAUGAACAUCAUUGACCUAAUCUCCAUCGUCCCUUACUUUGUGACUCUGAUCACCGAGGUAGUGAACCAUCCAGAAGUAAUUUCCACCAACCAAAACCAAAACAUGUCCCUUGCCAUCCUCCGAAUUGUCCGGCUGGUGCGAGUUUUCAGAAUCUUCAAGCUCUCUCGCCACUCCAAAGGCCUUCAGAUCCUGGGCCAGACCCUGAAGGCCAGCAUGAGAGAGCUGGGACUACUAAUCUUCUUCCUCUUCAUCGGAGUCAUCCUCUUCUCCAGCGCCAUCUACUUUGCUGAGGUGGAUGAACCAGACACGCAGUUCACCAGCAUACCAGAUGGAUUCUGGUGGGCUGUGGUGACCAUGACAACUGUGGGCUAUGGAGACAUGUGCCCCAUAACACUAGGCGGCAAAAUGGUGGGCACUUUGUGUGCCAUUGCUGGUGUGCUGACCAUUGCUUUGCCUGUGCCUGUCAUUGUCUCAAACUUUAACUACUUCUACCACCGGGACACUGAGCAAGAGGACAAGAAGCCUGUUGCUGAGGCAACAGACAAGAACAUGAAGUCAGGGGCAGCAGCCAAACAUGGCAGCAGCACAUCUCUGAACAAAGCCAAUGGCAAAUACUGAUGAUUGAAUUUCACCACUGUAUCUCAAGGUAUUUAUAAUGGAUCAGGCUGUUGAUUUGUUGUUUGUAUUUUAUAAUGCUGUAAACAUGAGACCAGCACACAACUUGUACAUUAGAUGUGAACGUUAUUUAGAGGUUAGAAUCUCAAAGAAGUUUGCAUGUGCUGCAACUGUUCUGAUAUUACCUCAUUAAUUAAUUCAGUAAUUCAGAAAUUCUAUAAUUUAAUUAAUUAUUCUGUACAUCCUCAAUAUUUGUAGCAAGGUAUACUUAUCAGACUCUCUACCCAAUAUCCAUAAUAUAUAACAAAUGGAUCCAGUUUACUUAUCGAGUGAUCGGUCAUGACAUAUUCAAAAGGAAACAUUUGUCUGUCGGUCAUAAUACAGUACAUUAUUUGACAUAGUUGCGGGUAUACUGAUCUAUCUAUAACAUACAUUAAUUUAAUAGAUAUUUGAUUUCCAAUCGUGUAUUGUUGCAUUAUCAAUGAGUGAAAUUACAUAUCUCAUUCAUAUAAUUAUGAAUUGAUUAAGUUAAUCAGUUAUAGUAAUCAAUAAAGUGCUGUAUUUCUUAUGUGAUGGUAUUUUCUGGUGUCAUCUUGUAUAGCGUCUUGAGCAUCGUAAUGACAUUUGCUUUGAGUUGUAAGAGAAGAACAUCAUUAUACUGUUACUUUGGAAAGCAUCAUUUUAAUCAAACCUUCUCUCAAAUGUUUAACUUUUUUUCUUAUCAUUUUCCUCUCAUUUUCUGCUCUUCGUCUGUUUGAAGUAAGUGCCUUUUAUUGUGAGUGAAUAUUAAAUACUGUAUAAAUACCUUAGUCCUCUACACAGACAAAGCAAGGUCAUAUUAAAGGGAGAAAGAUAACUGGUUGAGGGGGACAUGUUUUUUCAGUUCUAUCAUUUCUGUCAUCUUCAUAGGUGGGAGGGAGUUUUAUUGCAUAGAAACGCUAACUCAGCAAGGAAUACAGACCCUGUGAACUCAGCUGCCCCCUAUUCAUAAACUAAUGGUUUGUUAUUGGACCUGAGAGAGGAUUAUGUAAGUAGUGACAUUCUGUCAUGCUGAGGUGGUUCUUUAAUCAAAGUGCACUGUAACCAAGGGAGGUGAUCCACUUCUUCUGUCUGUCCUCUGUUACAUUUAUUAUUUAUUUGUCAAGUACCUUUUCAUCCGAAGCAAAGUACAACAGAAAGAAAGCAUACGUUUUAUCAUUGUCUGGGCUACCUUUUUUUAUGUGGAGAUUUUCUUUGUUGUGGAUUUCAAAGGGGAGAAUGAUCAGGAAAUGUUCUGAACUUUUGCCAUGGGACAUCGUUCCUACAUUUUUUUUUUUUUACUGGAUUAUCUCUCAUAGCUUCACCACCGGAGAUGGGAUUACUGAGAACAAUUUUGCUUGCAUAACAGACAUAUGUGAAGUUUGGAAGUAGUACUGUAUAUAUCAUAUAUAUGCAUUGUGUACUGGUAAAGAUGCUGCUGUGUCUGAGCUCAAAUACAAUACACGCUAUUUUAAAA